AGGAACUUUUUCUUCGGAGAGAAAGGCAUCUGUACUGCAAAGACUUUCCACGAUUCCACACCCACCCCGAAAGCCCCCUCUUACCACAGGAAGUGCGCUCACCACUGGAGGAAUAAAGAGGCUCUUGAGAGCGGUCGCAUCUUCACUCUGCCUGCACAGCUCAGAAGGACUUCAGCCAUGAGACCUCUCGUCCUGGCCCUGCUCGCCAUCUGCUUUCUCACCGAAUUCAUGGCUGAAGGCGUGGGGAGUGAAGUUCUAGAAAGGAGCAUCUGCGUGAGCCUGACGACCAAGAAACUGCCAGUUAAAAACAUCAAGACCUACACCAUCAAGGAGGGCUCCAUGAAAGCAGUAAUAUUCAUUACCAGACGUGGCCUCAAGGUCUGCGCGGAUCCACAAGCCGAGUGGGUGAAAAAGGCAGUAGAAAACGUGGACAAGUCCACCAGAAGAAACAUGAAACAGACCAAGCCAACAGGAGCCCAACAUUUCACCAAUUCAGCUGUGACCCUGACCACAUAGUGGCCUUCUGGCACCUUGUUCCCUCGCUAGCCCGCCAGCUCAUUUCCCUUUACAAACUCCUGGACUAAUUAGAUUGUAUUCACUUUUUAUAAAAGUGCUGCACGAGUCCACUUAUUUUCUUGUAUUUUUAUUUUUCGUGUCUCUCAUAUUCAUGUAGAUGCUUUAAUUAAUAAAUAUUUAUUACUCAGAA